CUACUAAAACUUGAAAAGAAGCUGGUAGGUUUGGUUCUGCUAGCUGGUGUUGUUGAAGGCCGGCUUAUGAGUUUGGCAGACAUGAAACGUUAUGCUGCCCUUCCGUCUCUGGAUGGUGCCAGGGGCCAGCUGCUGUCCAUCCUCAGUGCUCCUGCUCAGAAACUUUCACAGAAUAUGACAUCUCACCAGAGAGAAUUGUCAUCAGCUCUUGAACGAUAUAUAUCAGAUCAGACUCCAUCACCACAAGCAGAAGAAAAAUGAGUGAGCAGAAUAAUACUUAUGAUAAUAUAGCUAUGUAAAUAGCCCUUGAAAGUGAAGUAAUAUCAUAACUUGCUUGUUUCUCCUCUUUCUGUACAUGAUGUAUUAUAGCUGUUUAAUAAAAAAGAUGUGAAAGUAAAUUAUGCUUCACAGAAAAAUAA